AUGGAGGGCCAGGAAGCAGCCUCAACCUCCAAUCAUUUUCUAAUACCCGAAGAGAAGGGUCAGGUGUGUUGCGAUGAAUGGGGUGAUUCUCAAGAUGAUUUUCUUGUAAAGGUCCUAGAAGACUCAGAGUCAGCAGGUACCCAGAGAAAGGAUGAAUGUGGUGAAGGCAUUAGCAACACUUCCUUUGAAAAGUCUACAUUUGGAAAUGAGAUCAAACAUAAAUGUGCGUUAUCUGGGCACCAGGAUUCUGCCACGAGUGACUCUCAACUAGAACCAUUACAAGCAUUCAGACAUGGCUACCUGUGGGUGUCUGACUUCUCAUCACAGGCCUGGUGUGAACAGAAGUUGCAUUACUCAUAUACAGCCCCAGCCCUGGUGCAGGAGACACCUGCCAUGACCCAGGGAUCCACCCUCCAUCUGGCCAGAGAGUUAGCUGCCCAUGAUAAAGUGGAUGUCAAUGUUACUUCAAAUGAGGAUAUUUGGGCAAUCAAGGUGAUAAACUUACUGAUGUCUGCACAAGGGUUUUUGAAUGGCCAGGCCUUAGCACGUGAAGUCCCGGUUUUUGGGGCUCCAUUUGGACUAGAUAUUUUCAUCGUUGGCCUCAUUGAUGAGCUGAGAUUUGACCUGGAUCAAUACACUGUGGAUCUGUCAGACUUGAAGACACGGACGUCCUCUCACAUGCCUUCAAGGUCACAGGAAGCGCAGCAUCGCCUACAAGUGAUGCUCUACAAGAAGCUGUUCGAUGAUUUGGUACAGGGGAAGGUGGCCAAAGAUCUCAUCGCUAAACACCUGAGGUUAAGACUGGAUUCUCAGUUCGGGGAGGGGAUAAUGACACAUCUGAAGAGUGCAGGUAUUGAGUGUAAUACUCUUAGUGAAUUACUGGAUUUCACAUAUCGAAGACUGCAGUCCUGUACAUGUGUGAACAAACUGUCUAUUGAGUAUGUUUUCCAAGACACUGGUGAAACUCUGGGCAGAAAAGAAAUACUCUAUGAUGAAGAUGAUCUGAGACAGAAGUUUGUUGAAAGCAUAGACUACUGGAUGGGGCGACGUCCCCCAAAAGGUGUGGAGAUUGAGGAAGCAUGGAAGUGCCAUAGAUGUGAAUUUGUUGAUAUUUGUGAAUGGCAUCAGAGAAAAACUGAAGAAUGUGUGGAAAGAAAUCGUAAAAAUGCAUGUGUGUGAUUAUGCUGGCUCUGCUUUAGAACAGUAUCACACAUUCAAAAAAUAGUCUUUUAACAGUUCAAAAGCCAAUUUAUAGCAUGACAUCAACUUGUACAAUUCUAGCAAUUUUUACAAGUAUACAUGUAUGGAAAAAUACAUGAGUGGUGCACUUUUGGUGAUACAUAUCUAUGUAUUUUUAUGAAAAGAAGUAUAUUUUAAUAGAUGUUUUCCUAAUUCUUCGUAGAACAUUCUUAUGAUUUAUAUGAUUCAAUGAUUUCCAGCAGUAAAGGCUUGUAUAGUAUCCCUAGCUAGCGUCUACUGCCUCAUUCACUGUAUGCAGGGUUGGGCCAUAAAUACCCUCUAUAAGCUACAUAUAUAAGUACAGCCAAUUUGACAGCACCCGGUGGAAUGCAGAAAACGGGCAUUUAGGACUUAUUUAUUUUAUUUGCUGUAAAUGUUCCCUUAUAGAUCUUUUGGUAAUUAGGUUAUUACCCUCUGUGAGUGCUCAAAGAAUAGCUGUAUCUUCUGCAGGCUAAAGCCAUGCCAGUCUCUUAGUACCCACCCUUGUCAAAGGCAUGGAGGAGGGAUUUGGGUAAGCUAGGUGAAUUAGCAUGAGUAUUAAAGCGACACGGGUCACCCAGAGAUUAGGUAUUUUUGAGUUAUUACGGAAUGACAUGAGUGUCGAGUAAUUUUCUCAAGAAGUUACAAGCUUUGUGUUAAUACCAUUGCCAGCAUUGUACAUUACGUGAAUGUUUGAAAAUAACAAAAAAACUGAAAACGGCCAGAAUAUUUAAAUGAGGCAUUGUCAAUUCAGCGGAAAUGGAGAAUGUGCAUCACGCGCGGUAAACUUCAUAUGUAAACAAACAUGGCCGAUUACACGCGUAAAAAAAAAGGACUUACAGCUCGUUCAUGACAGGGUCUGCCCAAAAACAGGUGUAAACAAAAAGCUUGACAGGUUGACAAGCAAGUCUAGCGUAGUAAUUGGUGGUCACUUUCAACAAUGGAGCACACUGAAGAAAGAAAAGGCUCUCGCGAAACACGAAUAUGUCACUCACAUAGUGCUUAUUGAACUUGCCACUUACCUGCAGUUUACUUCGUGGACAACCGCAUUCUGCCUUAAAACUCUGCUAUAAGUAGCAUUAUUUAUUUAUUUAUUUAUUUAUAUGAUUGGUGUUUUUACGCCGUACUCAAGAAUAUU